AUGAUUUUUGAUUUAGAAAAAGGAUGUAGCAUGCCUUGCACUCAAAAUAGUUAUAGAAGGCUACAACAAUGCAUUGGGGUAUGGGAAAUUAAUGAAGUUAGUGUCAAGGAUGCAGAUAAGGAGUUAGGAAAACUUGGAGUCUAUAAGUAUCAUUUUAACUUAGAUCAAACUCCCUCAUAUCAUCAUAGUAAAGGAAAAGCAUCAAAAAAAUGCUCACAUAAAAAUGAUUUGGAGCAAGCUUUAAGGAAAAUUGGAAGCUGGAUCACAGAUGUUGCAAACUCAAACAAUUUUGAAGAAAAACAAAAGUUAUUAUCCAACAUUUUGCCUUCUUUAGUAGCACAUUGGAAUAAUAAUGAAACUCCUCAAAAACCCUAUCAAGAAACCCCUUCACAUUUGCCAAGCCCAUUUUUAAUCAAUACAAUUUUGCAACUAAAAGGUGCUGAUAAAUUACAUGAAAAACAAAAGGGUAAUUUAAAUCCAGAUCAAUCUUUUAAUUAUGGAGAAUCUCUAGGCAAUUUUAUAUUAAAAAGAUAA